AUGGCGUGCUUCAAGUCGACGUACGCUGACGAGCUCGUGGCCACCGCCGCCGCCAUGUCAGUCCCGGGCAAGGGCGUCCUCGCCGCGGACGAAUCCACCGGCACGAUCGGCAAGAGGUUCGACGGCAUCGGCGUGGAGAACGUCGAGGAGAACCGCCGGGCGUACCGCGAGCUGCUGUUCACCACCGACGGGUUCGAGAAAUACUGCAGCGGCGUGAUCAUGUUCGAGGAGACCUUGUUUCAGUCCUGCAAAGACGGCACCGCGUUCGUCGAUCUGCUCAAGUCCAAAGGCAUCAUCCCGGGCAUCAAGGUUGACAAAGGCGUGGUGCCCCUCCCCGGCAACACCCGGGGCGAGACCACCACGUCCGGCCUGGACGGCCUCGGCGAGCGGUGCGCGAAGUACUACGCGCAGGGCGCGAGGUUCGCCAAGUGGCGCGCGGUGCUCACCAUCGGAGACACCCUUCCAUCCCCUCAGUGCCUCGACGACAACGCGCGGUGCCUGGCGAGGUACGCGGCGAUAUGCCAGCAAAACGGUUUGGUGCCCAUCGUCGAGCCGGAGAUCCUCACGGACGGCGCGCACGGCAUCGACAAGUGCGCGGAGGUGACCGAGCGCGUGCUGUCGUGCGUGUUCGCGCACCUCGCGCAGCACGGGGUCAUGCUGGAGGGCAUGAUCCUCAAGCCGAACAUGGUGACGCCCGGGGCGCAGUCAAACGCGGGCGCGUCGCGGGCGGAGGUGGCGGCGGCGACGGUGACGGCGCUUCGACGGACGUGCCCCGCGGCGGUCCCGGGCGUCCUGUUCCUCUCGGGCGGGCAGAGCGAGGAGGACGCCACCGCCCACCUGGAUUUGAUGAAUAAGGCUUCUUCCGAGGCGAGGAAGAACCCGUGGACUCUCUCGUUUUCGUACGGCAGGGCGCUGCAGACGUCGUGUCUCAAGGCGUGGCUCGGGAACGAGUCGAACGUCGCCGCGGCGCAGGCGGCGCUCCUCAGGGUGUCGGAGGCCAACUCGAAGGCGUCGCUCGGUCAGUGCUGACGGGGCGCGUCGUUCGAUUGGUGCCGACGCGUUAUAGAUCGGUUACUCGGUCGCGCGGCUCGACGGCGCGACGGUCGUCGCCCUCGUCGUUCCCGUAGUCCCCCGUUUGUUCGAUACGAUGAACGAGAAACGAUCCGUGU